AUGAAACAUCUUAUUGUGUCUUCAAUCCCUGUGGUCCUCUUCCUAGCUCCAUCUCUGGCCCUGAUGAAUAUCAGUGACAACCAUCCUCUGGAUGGAUCUGUUGGGACCCAGAGCAUCCAUGUCAAUGCCUUUCGAGGUAUGGUCAGCAUCAGAGACAACAAUGUUUUGAGUGAAUGGGAUGGAGUCUUGGACUACAAGAAUGCCCUCUUGGUGGCUAAGUUGUUUAGCAAGAUGGCCUGUGUCCUGGCCAAGAUGGAUGAAGCUGUCUUCCCAACUUUGGAUGACAUUGUUAAGGCCCUGGACCACCAGACUUCAAAGCAUUAUCCAGCUACUCACGGCCUGACCUACACUGUUUUACCCAACCGGGUCAAGAACUUAGCCCAGUUCGGAGCACCCAUCAAGGACAUGUGCCGAGCGGUCCCCACUUAUUUUGCCCAACAGCAAAAAGAAGGUACUGCACUGGCUAUUGACCCGGAUUCCUGUUUUGAAAUCCAAAUCCUGUCCUUCCUGGGACUCUCCAUCUGUGGGGAGAUACCUGGGCUCUGA